AUGGCUCGUUUUUGCUUUGCUGACCUUCCCAUAGAGCUUGUCCACAUCAUCAUUAUAUAUGCCGCGCAACCCACCUUUGACCAAGAUGAAAGAUAUGAUCGCGCAAGUCCAUAUUCAUCCGCACUUAAUCUCUGUCUCGUCUCCAAAUUUUUGAGGCGCGCGGCGCUUCCCGAACUCCUGCACACUAUACUACUACCGAAAUCUCGAAACGUGACGGCGUUCGUGCAAGCUCUGCUUAUACAAGAAGCAUACAAGAAGGCAAACAACGCAUUUCAGUGUGACUACGCAUCACAUGUGCGCAAGAUGUGGAUUGGACCCCCGGAUGACAAUUUCACAUCUGCGUCUGAGCGUUCACAUGCCAUCAGCCUUCUCACUCCGGUGAUGUUCGCUGCGCCAUCACUUGCCCUCAGUUGGAAAAGUGUGGACCUUCUUAUAGAAUGUCUAGAACACGCAUGGAGGUCCCGUCCAGCCACACCUGUCAACGAAGAGCAUUCCCAGCCUCCCUGGAAGACCCAAACACUGUCACUCACAGUUGGGAACCCCAUCCACGGCACAAAGUGGAACAGCCUCACAGACACUCCCCAAGGGUCUGCUUUCCUUGCUUCAAUUUGUCACCUCUCAAGCAUCACAUACGUAUACCGCGACUACACGUCCCCCCAGCCGCUGAUUUCAUCUCAAGCCUAUCGCCUGCCUGAUUGGAUGAAGACCGCUCCAUUGGCUUCUUUCAAGAGCCUUCAAACCGUCACCCUACCGUACCCGCGUACCCAAGCUCCCGUCAGUGUGAGUGGACUGAGCAAUAGGGGAGUUGAUAUGCAUAUGGAGUUGCUGGCGUUUCCCGCAACCGUGCUGAGGACCCAAAACGGCAUCCCCAAUGCAAUACAGGCGUUUACUGGGACUGGGACUAUAUCUAGUCCUGGAGAGGAGGCUAUUCGAUCUGAUGGUACCCAUUUACGGUUGUCCCUCUCUAAAUUACGCUGGUAUAGUGGUCUUGGUCAUGGGUGGGAGAAAAUUUGGGCCUGCAUGUUAUGA